GCUCUCAGUCGGACCUGCUGCAACGAAGAUGGCGGAAGCUCCCCCGCGGCCCUGCCGGUUCUUCUGCCACCGGUGUUCGGAAGAGAUCAGCCCUCGGCUCCCGGAUUACAUCUGUCCACGGUGUGAGUCCGGCUUCAUCGAGGAGUUGCCUGAAGAGAGAAGUUCAGAGAAUGGGUCCACAUCUACAGCCUCUAAUGAUCAGAAUCGGCCCUCGUUUGAGAAUGUGGACCAGCACUUGUUUACGUUCCCGCAUGGUUACAGCCAGUUUGCUCUGGGGAUCUUCGAUGAGGGCUUUGACUUCAGAGCGGGUUUGCCAGCGGAAGAUAACCGUGACGCAGAGAACCGCAGAGAGCGGGAGAUGGCCUCACGACAGCGCUACGGGGCCAGACAGCCACGGGGACGACACGUUCCCCGGAGACAAGGAGUGCGGCAUGAGGGUGUACCCACUUUAGAAGGAAUCAUUCAGCAGUUAGUUAAUGGAAUUAUUGCUCCGACAGCUAUGCCAAAUGUGGCAAUGGGGCCUUGGGGAGUGCUGCACUCAAACCCAAUGGACUAUGCAUGGGGUGCCAAUGGAUUAGAUGCCAUCAUAACUCAGUUAUUAAAUCAGUUUGAAAAUACGGGUCCCCCUCCGGCAGACAAAGAGAAGAUUAAGAGUCUCCCUACGGUCCAGAUAACACAGGAGCACGUGGGUGCUGGUCUAGAGUGUCCUGUCUGUAAAGAAGACUACAGCGCAGGAGAGAACGUUAGACAACUUCCUUGCAAUCAUCUCUUUCAUAACGACUGUGUAGUUCCCUGGCUCGAGCAGCAUGACACGUGUCCAGUGUGCAGGAAGAGUUUGAGCGGGCAGAACACAGCCACAGAUCCACCCGGCCUAUCAGGGAUGAACUUCACCCCCUCUUCCUCCUCCUCUUCCUCCUCCAGCUCUCCGAGCAACGAGAAUGCCACCAAUAACUCGUAAGAGCUCAGCCCACAUCCUGAACACAUCAUCAUCAUCAUCAUCAUCAUCAUCUCAGUUGGCCCGGUCAACACCAAACCCCCCCCACCACUGGAGACUGAUCUGUGACACGGUGGAACCAGCGCUGAACCUGACACACACAGACAGCGCAGAGAGCACGCCAAACCCCCGAGAGAACAAUACACUCUUCUAUUGCUUCAGACAGCGUUUCCUUGCUUUUUUUUUUACACUGCUGAACUUUAGAGCGAUCAUUCCUCACCUGUCCGCGUGACGUGCUUUUAAUCAGCAGAAAGCGUGAGAAAAAUGCUGAGGAAAAGAGAGAGAUGAAGGAAAAGAGGAAGAGGAUGUUACACAGCGAUGCCGGUGCCAGAUCUGAAGACACACCGAGCUGAACUGCGUUUUAGAAGCAGACUUUGUGUCUCUCCAGAGGGACGCGGUCAAACCGAACCUUUUGUUUUUUAUCCUUUGAUUUUUAUUUUACGGAUAAAAGUGGCUGAUAUGUGAACGUGAGUAUGUGUGAAUCUCACACAACCGGUCAAGGUCACGUUUCACCCCAAAAUCAGAAGAAAAAAGAAUCUGUGUAUUAUGCUAAACGCCUGUUUUAGAACCACCAAUAACUUUUUGAAUAACAUUUUGAAAUUUUACAGUUUGCCGUAAUGCAAAAAAUCUGAUUCUCAUUACUGUAAUACGAAAAAAUAUGAUUAAAUUCAUGUUUAUCGAUUGUAUUGUUAGUUGUACUGCCUUUAAUUUGAUUAAUCAUUUUAUUACAGUAUUUUAUAUUGUAAUACUACAUUACAGAAUGCAUUAUUGUAAAUAAUUGUCAUGAAAUAUAGUCAUUUUAGGCUUAAUACAUUUUUAUUUUCUUUUGAUGUUGGGGUUAAAUAAAACCUGGACGUGUUUUUUUUUUUGUGAUUCACCCAUAUAUAUGAAACAUAUUUAUUGAAGCAAAAAAUAAGAGCUGCGUCAUAUUGUGAAAAGCCAAGCGAUCCAAGAACAUCUGUGACUGAGGAAAACACUGAGUGCAGGCUUCUCUCCUAAUAUUUAUUUGCACAGCGAAGGUUAUUUAGAACAUUGAACAAACAGAAAAGUGUGAAUGUUUUUUGGCAACAUUUCAUAUGAUUUUCUACAUUUAGCAUCGUCCUUAAAACUCAUGAGAGAAGUAGAUUUUCUCUCUUUCACCCUGCAUUUUUUGGGCCUUUAUCCAAACGGCACACGGCCCGAGAAGGUGAGAAAAGCUCUCUCUUGCUUUCUCUCACUCUUUUUUUUUUUUUCUUUUAUAUUUUUAAAUCUCACAUUCAGUUGUCUUCUCUCAGUCUGCCACACAUAUUCAGUGACUUUCAGUUCAAGGCAACUUUUUAAAAAAACUUAUUUUAAGUUAAAUGGUUUGUUUUUUGUAAAUCAUCAUAAAGGAGAAGAACAAAUGAAUGUAUGUAUCACUGCUGAUGAUGAAAUAUUUCAUAUAAACUCAUUUGUCUCUCUACAGAUCACGAACACAAACUA